UCUUCAUCCGGACUUCCACCACAUUACUGACUUUCUGCCACGCUUGGCGAGAACCCCCGACGACGCCGCGACCACUCCAUUCUUGCACCCUUACGGAUAUAUAUACCCAACACAUAGUACCCAAGCGCGCGCCCUUCGCGCGGAAGCUCUAGGAUGUACAACCCAAACGUUAGAAUGAUUAGUCCCGAUCAUUCCCUCACAUUCACCAACUUGGCGUCAAAGAGCUUCGAGCUCACACAGCACAAUGUACCGACGUCCCCCGAUAUCCGGAUAAUUCAGGACAUCAGUCAGGCCACUUUGACGCCUAGAGAUGGAGAAUCAGUUAUGUCGUGGACAAAGGGAUGCUACUUUGGCAAGAGCGGGUUCGACGACGUGAUGCUCUGCUGGCAAGAGCUGGAAGCCUUGACGUCUUUUUGUAUCGGCAUUGAGUCUCCCGAGCGCGGCUUCUUCAAGCCUAUUCGGUCCCACUGGAAAGUGAAGUACAACGACGGCACCACAACCAAGGAUUGGUUCUUUCCUUCAGACGACCCAUCAGACCCGUACACAUUCCCGAGCUCAAUGGAUGUUGACAUUUCGGUCACGAGCCAUUCAGUGAAGGAUCAGCUAGAGCUCAAGAUCACGAUCAAAGAUAAAACACCAAAUGCUGAGCUUAAGUCAUAGAACAUUGUAAGUAAAUGCACUGCCUACCAUGAACCAAAAUCUAGCGCUAACCAUCACCAAUCCAGUAUGUCCACGAACCACAGCACGUCAAUAAUUAGUAGGCAUUUGUACGGUUUUGCGGGACACAACAGUUCAGAUAGCAGUUAAGAUGAUAUAGGAUAUCCGAGAUAGAAAGAGAUGGGGAUGAUUCAAUACAGCGUUGGUUUCAAAAGCAUUUUGGGAGGCGACUUUAUUUAGAUGCAAUAGUUCCUCCUUACGGUUUCGAUUCGAUCAAUAUCUUCAACUAUUCCUCGUAAACUUGUGCAGUGG